AUGGUCAGUUUUGUUGAAUGUGUUCGAUUUGGAGCAAUAAGUUGUGAACUAGCAGAUUCGAUCGAAACCGAUCUGCAGAAGGAAAAUGACAAGAAAAUCGCUGUUUGCAUCAAUGCCAUCGAAAAAAUUAAAGAUAUCUCUAAGAUUGAUGAUAACCAUUUCACCUUUAAAGAAAUCUGCUUACGAUAUCUCUCUGCUGGAUUGCUUUUGCUACCAGACAAUCUUCAGGUCAAAGCAGUGAGUUUGAUGGAAGUCUGUAAAGAACUCACUUACGAAGCGCUGAAUUACAAGGACUAUCUUCAAGAAAUGAGAGCAACGGCGUACGAAAAUAUCGAAAGGGCGCGAACAUGGUUCGAGUAUAAGACGAGAAUGGAAAUGGUUUUUCUAAAAGAAAUUAAAUCCCUCUUACCGCAUGUCAAUACAGAGGUUCUGUUUCACGAGCAAUUGAAUCACCUUUACGAGCUUCAAGAUGAACUCGCGGAUAGCCUUUCUCGAUCUGAGGGGCUUCAAAAUUUAUAUCAAGCUAGGGAGUUGAUGAAUAGAGCAAUAAGUAGUAAAAGACGCCAAGUUGGAGUAAUAGAUGCUCUUGAUCUUCUGAAACGAGCAUUUGAUCUGACGAUUGGAAUCGACCAGAAAGCAAGAUGCAUCAUAGCUUCUGAGAUGGGAUAUAUUUAUGCUGAGUUCGAUGAACGUCCUCACGCAAAAAUUAAAGCCAAGGAAUACUAUAGGGAUUGCAUUCAUUCGGCACUAGAAAACGGAUACACACGGGAUUUCUUUUGGCUCAAGAGAUCAAGAGAAUAUCUUGCUAAAGUCGCAGCGGAGAUGUCAACUUUUGGUGUAACCUUUCAGCCUUCACAAAAAGGGAUCGAGGUUAUUGAGGAGUUUAAAAAGCAGAAUUUUGACAAAAAAGAACCAAAAGAAUUUCUCGCUUACCUUGCAAAACAUCAUCCUCCAAAAAAGGGUACUAUGCCGAUAGCCACAAUUUACAAUGAAAAUGAAUGUCUUACAAAAGCGACGCGAUUAUAUCACCCUGACAGCAAUUGCUUCAAUCGACUUGGUGAACUGUAUUUAAAUCUUGCAAAAGAUAAGAAUAGAAAAGACGUCGAAGUUUUGUUCGAAAAACUCAGCCUCGAGAAAGGAGCAGUUUCAAGUUUCAUUCAAUCGAUGAUAAAUUUUGUCGAAUGUGUUCGAUACGGCGCGAUGAGCUGCGAAUUAGCAGAAAUAAUUGAGACAGAAUUGCAAAAAGAAAAUGACAAGAAAAUCGCCGUUUGCAUCAAUGCGCUCGAACAAAUAAAGGAUAUAUCCAGAUUGGACGGCUACGAGUUCAGUUUUAAAAAAAUUUGCCUUAAAUACCUUUCCGCUGGUUUGCUUAUCCUACCAGAUCAUUUCCAAAUCAAGGCAGUCAGUCUGAUAGAAGUAUGCGAACAACUCAACUACGAAGGUCUUAAAUAUAAAGACUACCUCCGAGAAAUUACUUCAACGCCCUAUGAAGACAUCGAAAAUGUGCGAACUUGUUUUAAAGAUAGAACGCGAAUGGAAAUGCUUUUCUUAAAAGAAAUUGAAUCUCUUCUGGCUCAUGUUAAUAAGGAGAUUCUCUCUGAAGAAAAAAUAGAUGAGCUAAACGAGCUCAAAGAUGAGCUUGAAGACAAUCUCUCUCGAACUGCAGGACUUCAGAAACUUUACCAAGCGAGAGAGUUGAUGAGUACAGCUAUAAAAGAUGGAAGACGUCAAGGUGGUGUGAUUGUUGCACUCGAUCUACUGAAACAAGGAUACGACUUAACGCUUGGUAUUGACCAGAAAGCAAGGUGCGUUAUUGCUUCCGAGAUGGGCUACAUUUUUAUUGAAUUCGAUGAACGGCCUCAUGCAAAAAUCAAAGCAAAAGAAUACUACAAAGACUGCAUUCAUAUUGCAUUGGAAAAUGGAUAUACCAAAGAGUUCUAUUGGUUGAAGAGAGCAAGAGAAUAUCUCGCUAAAGUCUCUGCGGAGACAACGCAUUUCGGAGUAACUUUCAAUCCAUCAGAGGAAGGGAUUAAAAUUAUUCAAAGAUUCACAAAUGAGGAUUUUAGCAAUAAAUCAGCAACAAAGUUUCUCAAUUAUCUGGCAAAAAAUCAUCCACCGAAGAAAAGAACAAUGCCAAGAGUCACAGGAACACCAGAAAAUAUCAAAACUUGUCUUACAAAAGUGACACGUCUCUAUCAUCCAGAUACAAACGCGAAAUUUGAUGAUGAUUGGAAGGCUCUUUGUGAGCAGAUCUCUAUGGUUGCCAACAAUUUGUACUCAAGAAUCGUGAAAGGAUUAUACUAG